UCAGGUGGAAGCCCGAGAUUUGUAACAUCGUUAUUCUACCUAUCUAGAUAUCUCUCCACUCUCUUACAUACACACGGUUCAUUUAGCUUCAAUGAACUUAUAUGUACCGACACCUGUCGUUAGACGUGUCUCUGAUUCUUGAUUUCGUUUUUUCCCUCUGGAUGUCAGCCACAAUUUGCCGUCUCAACCCACACUAAAUUUGGCACCCAUGAAGGACAUGCUAGACGACGCUGCGUCUUCACUGACGCCUCUACCGGACUAUCUAUCUCAUGGUUUAGUUGCUGUCGCGACCUUUGGUCUGUUGUCAUUUUUAUGCUCGACCGGUUUAUUUCUCUACCUCACAUACAAAAUUAUAUCAUGGAGAAGAAAAUUACCCACCGGCCAAGGCCAAACGGAUCGUCCGGUCAAUCAAUUCCUGAUCCUGAUAUACAAUUUACUAUUUGCCGAUAUUCAGCAAGCAACCGCAUUCUUACUCAAUAUCAGCGCGGUCAAGAAUAAUGGAAUUAUAAUAGGAACGGCAACAUGUUGGGCUCAGGGAUGGUUUGUGUCGACGGGGGAUUUGGCCAGUAGUAUAUUCAUCUUGGUGAUCGCAUGCCAUACAUUCUUCAGCGUCGUGAAGGAAUACCGCCUCCCACAAUAUGCAUUUUUUGCCAUGGUUGCAGGAUGCUGGAUAUUUAUUUACGGAAUGGCUGUCAUCGGUGUCGCGAUGCACCCUCAUGAUCUUUAUGUGAGGGCUGCUGCUUGGGCAAGUUUUUCACUUUUUCACACAAAGUUCUAGAUCUAUAUCUAAUGAUGGCGUACAGUGCUGGAUAAACGACGAUUAUCAAAAUGAACGUCUAUGGCUUCAUUAUUUCUGGAUAUUCGCUAGCAUGUUUGGCACAGUGUUGAUUUACGCCUGUAUCUUCCUCUAUCUCCAUCAUCAAUCUCGUUCCUCUCCACCUGGACACAAGGCCAAUGGUUAUCACGGCGCCCGGCCUCUCAUGGUUCUCUACCCACUGAUUUACACCAUAUGUACGGUGCCCCUCGCCGCUGGACGUAUUGCAGCAUUCUCUGGAGCCGAGAUCGGAUUGGGGUAUUACUGUAUUGCUGGUAGUAUGAUUGCGUGUAAUGGAUGGUUGGACGUAUUAUUAUACGCAAGUACUAGAGCAGAAAUUGUGUUUAGUGAGUUUCCGCCAGGCGAGGAAACAGGUUUGGAGACGUUCGCAUUCAUGGGCAAAGGACAUUCGCUGGGAACGACUACGAUUAUUGAAGCUGGGGGGUUGGUAUCUGCAGGGUUGAGGGGGAGUGGAAAUGGAGGGAGAAAAGGACAUGGAGGCAGUGAUAGCACGGAUAACCUCUAUAAGAUGGGAGAUAUUUCUGUCGCGAAGAAUGUUAGUGUUCGUGUGAGCAUAGCAAGAGAUGGAGAAUUGGGUUCGAGAGGAUACCCGCAAGCAGCUGGAGGAAGUAAAGAUGGCAGUGAAGAUCAUGGAAGUGAUUCAGGAUGGGAGAAUUCAAAAACCCGAAGAAGUGAGAGUGGAAGGAGUGGAUUCAGCGAUAUGGCUUGAACCUUUGAUUUUAGUCAAGAUCUAGGAUGAUUCCAUUGAUGCUUGAUGAUAAUUUUCUUUUGUUUACUGCAUUGCAAGGAGUGGAUGAAAUUUUUUGAGCAGUGAAAUUCGCAUUCGCAUCGCGUCGCGUCGCAUCGCAUUGAUACCCAGUAAGUACAUUAUUAUAUGAUCAUUAGAGGAUGAAUGCCAUGUUUAGUACAUGGCACCGCACCUCUUCAUAUUUUCUCUGUUAUAUUAUUUAGAUAGAUAGCCUCGACUUGUACAUA